AUGCUUCAUUUCGUUCGUAUUGCUCUCGCUGUUGUGUCCGUAUUCUAUGGACACGGAGCAGCAAGUGCCAGCACAACUGGAGAAGCAGAGACGCUUGAUUGCUUGGCCGACAUGAACGAGGUCAGGACAGCAGCUGGACUCGCCCAGUUUAAGGAGCCAUCUAAUGAUACGCAAAAACUGCCGCCACACACCACUCCAAAAACUGCCAAGGGAGGCGACAGCGCUGAAGCAAAAAAACUGGAGGGAACCUUCGCGUACUUUCCCGGCAGCAAGGACUGCAAAGCGGCAGUGCAGUAUUGGAAGGACGGUUUUUCGCUCUUCAAUAAUAAGCUGCCCCCAACGUACACCGCUCCGAACGAGCCUGACGUCUAUACUGACAGGGCUGUUUCUUUUGUCGCCCUCUAUAACCCUCAGGCGAGCCCAGUAGCUAGCUGUGCCUUUGUCACCUGCACAACAGCAAGCGACUUUGCUGCUUCGGCCCUGUCAAGAAGCGACGAAAGGCGGGCAUUAAGAAGGCUUCAAGGUGAAGAGGAACCUAUUACUGCCGUUAUAUGUUUGACAAGUCCUAAGGCGCUGAUUCCUGAAGCGGCGCCAUUCAAGGAAGAUGAAUGGCAGAAGAUUGUUCAUGCAAUAGUUGGUACUGAGGAGGGCACCGGGGCUUCCCCGGUUGAGCCUCAUCAAACUAGGUCACUUCCCGAGGUCGCUUUGAAGGAGGAACCUUGUGCCGUUGCAUGUCUUGAUGUCCUUAGUGUCAAGGAAGAGUUUAAUUUGAACACACUGAAGACAUUUGAAAUAUACUGGUGA